AUGAUGUUUGGAACUUUAAAAAAGAAAAUGCAGCUUAAUCUUUGGAUUUUCUACAUAAUCACUACGUUAUGUGUCCCAUUUUCUGGACAGGAAGAAAUGAGUACGUUAUUACCCAGUGAGACAACCGAAACCAUUCUGCCGAUGGCACUACCUGAACAAAUAAAUGACAAUAUAGCUUUAGCUGUCAAUAAAUUCGGUUACAAACUGUUACUCAAGAUGAUGAAUGAAAAGAAAAAUGAUAACAUUGUGAUAUCACCAACCGGUGUGGCAGGUUUGUUAGCAAUGACACUUUUGGGCAGUGUUGGUACAACAUAUGACGAGAUUGCUGAGGCACUUGGUUUUUCUCAAGAUAUCUUCACAAACCGCAAAAACCACGAACAACUGGGAGAGCUACUGCAAUCCAUAAACGCGAACGUUUCUUCAAAAACGCUGUAUGCAGACGCCAUAUUUGUGGACACACAAACGCCAUUACGUCAAUUGUACCGUAACUAUCUUCACGACGUGUAUCGCGGGGAAAUCCUCAACACAAACUUUACAGAUAGUGAAGAUGCGAAAAACAAGAUAAACGAGUGGGUGACAAAUAAUACAGAAGGACAAAUAGAAAACUUCCUGAAGCGCUCUCUACCAACGUCUACUAAAGUGGCAUUAUUAAGUGCGCUCUACUUCAACGGUCAGUGGGAAAAGCCUUUCCUACCGGAAUACACCACCAAGCUGCCAUUUAAAAAAGGAAAGGUUACAGUUAUGGCUGAUCUUAUGUUAAAUUUCGGACAUUUCAACUUUACAGUUUCUGAAAAUAAUGAUUUCAUUAUGUUAGCGUUGCCGUACAAUGACAGUGAAACAAAUAUGUAUGCUGUAAAACCUCGGUUACCUAAUAAACUGAAUCUUUUGGAUUUGAUGGAAAAGAUAGACUACGAACAGAUCGAUAAGACGAUUAAUGAAAUGACAAUAAAAAAAUGCGUUGUGCGUUUUCCUAAAUUGGAACUGAAAACUAGCAUGAACUUAGAUAACUCCUUAAAAGCUAUUGGUAUACAAGAUAUGUUUACGCCGGGUGCAGCGAAUUUCGCACUUAUGGUAAAUGGAAAUGCUAUUGUUAACAACACGGAAGAGGAGUUAAUCACAAGAAGUGGAACUAAGAUAGAAGAUAAAGAGUCAAGUCUUAUAAAGGACAUGUUAGACAGUCUACCUAAUCCAGGCAUACACGUAGACUCAGUUACGCACGAAGUGAAAUUGACUAUAAAUGAAUAUGGAACUGAGGCUGUGGCUGCCACUAGUGCGGUACUGGCGCGUUCAGCUGAACUAUUUUACGCCGAUACUCCAUUUUAUAUUUUCAUAAGAAAUGAGAAAACUCACCUUGUUACUUUCAGUGCUGUCAUAUUUGAUCCCACAAUUGAAUAA